ACGGGCAGCUAUGCCGCGCGCUGCAGAGCUUCAUCUGACCGGAACAACGGUGGGAGUAGCGGAGGACUUUUCGGGGACCGACAGACUGCUGACCGCUAACGGACACUGUAUCACCAAGGAGAAGCUCCUCUGAGGUGGGAGAUAUUCCUCCGAGUUCCUGCUCCUCCUGUCAGAGACAUGGACGACUCCGUUACUCGGUGUUGGAUCAUGGACUCCGUUUAGGAUCAUGGACUCCGUUUAGACUCUCCGUGUCCGUUACUCGGUGUAGGGUCAUGGUAUUGGUGUAGGAACAUGGACUCCAUUUAGGAUCAUGGACUCCGUUUAGACUUUCUGUGUCCGUUACUCGGCGUAGGAUCAUGGUCUUGGUGUAGGAUCAUGGACUCCGUCUAGACUCUCUCUGUGUCCGUUAAUCGGUGUAGAAACGGAGGGGGGCAGCAUGGUUGUGCUGUGGCCCGGCAGAGGUGCCCCGGCUCCGGGCAGCUGCUGGCUCCGUCCCGCCGCUCUCCUCCUCUGGAUCCUGUGCUCGGCGAUUAACGGAGAGGAGCAGCCGUUCAGUGUGGAGGCGUGGUUACAGCGGUAUGGUUACCUGCCGCCUGCAGACCCCAGGAUGUCUGUGCUACGCUCAGCUCAGGUGAUGCAGUCUGCUAUAGCUGCCAUGCAGCGCCGCUACGGCCUCAACAUUACUGGGACGCUGGACGGCAACACCAUCGAUGACAACACCAUCAGGUGGAUGAAGAAGCCCAGGUGUGGAGUUCCUGAUCUGAUUGGAGGAACAUCCAGGUUCAGUGUGAGGAAACGUCGCUACGCCCUCACUGGACAGAAGUGGCAGCACAAACACAUCACAUACAGCAUAAAGAACGUGACACCGAAGGUUGGGGCGGAGGAGACUCAUGACGCCAUCAGACGAGCUUUUGACGUGUGGCAGAAUGUGACGCCGCUGCGUUUUGAGGCGAUUCCAUACAGCGAGUUAGAGAGGACUAAAAAAGAUGUGGAUAUCACCAUCAUCUUUGCAUCAGGUUUCCAUGGAGACAGCUCGCCAUUUGAUGGCGAGGGAGGAUUUCUGGCUCACGCCUACUUUCCAGGACCGGGGAUCGGAGGAGACACGCACUUUGACUCAGAUGAGCCGUGGACGCUGGGAAAUCCUAACCAUGACGGUAACGACCUGUUCCUGGUGGCUGUCCAUGAGCUGGGCCACGCUCUGGGACUGGAGCACUCUAACGACCCUACGGCCAUCAUGGCCCCAUUUUACCAGUACAUGGACACGGAGAACUUUAAACUACCCAUGGACGACCUGCUAGGGAUCCAGAAGAUCUACGGUCCUCCUGAUAAACUCCCCCAGCCCACUAAACCUUUACCCACAGCCCCGCCCCCUCGCUCUUUGCCCCCCUCAGACCCUCGUAAACCGGACAGACAGACCCGACCCCCACGCCUGCCCCCUGGUGACAGACCGUCCCACCCCAACGCUAAACCAAACAUCUGUGAGGGCGCCUUCAACACGCUUGCCAUCCUGAGGAGGGAGAUGUUUGUCUUCAAGGACCAGUGGUUCUGGAGGGUCAGAGAUAACUCGGUUAUGCCAGGGUAUCCCAUGCUCAUCAGUAUGUUCUGGAGAGGUCUACCUCCAAAGAUUGACGCCGUCUACGAGAACAGCGAGGGGAAGUUUGUCUUCUUUAAAGGGAAGCAGUUCUGGGUGUUUAAAGACACCGUGCUGCAGUCCGGGUACCCAAAAGAAAUCUCUCAGUUUGGACAAGGCAUGCCGGCUCAGAGCAUCGACACGGCGCUGUGGUGGGAGGACGUGUCCAAGACUUACUUCUUUAAAGGGGACAGGUACUGGCGUUACAAUGAGGAGACCAGGACUAUGGACCCCGGAUACCCGAAGCCUGUCACCGUAUGGAGAGGAGUCCCGGACUCCCCACAGGGGGCCUUCGUGGACAAAGCUAACGGCUUCACCUACUUCUACAAAGGUAGGGAGUACUGGAAGUUCAACAACCACUUGCUGCGGGUUGAACCCGGUUACCCUCGCUCCAUCCUCAAAGACUUCAUGGGAUGUGACCUGACCCCCAUCGAUCCAGGCCGGCCUCCCACCGAUGACGGCACAUCAGACGUGGUGAUCGAGCUGGAGGAUGAGGCGAGCACAGUUAAGGCGGUGGCCAUCGUGAUCCCUUGUGUCCUCUCUCUGUGUCUGCUGGUUCUCAUCUACACCGUAGUCCAGUUCAAGAGGAAAGGAACGCCGCGGCACAUCCUCUACUGCAAACGCUCAAUGCAGGAGUGGGUCUGAUACCACUACGGGGGGCGUAGACCUGCUCCCGCUCAGGAGGACUCAGACGGACAAUUCUCCUCCUGCAGUGGGAGCCUCAGCCUGUCUCUAGCCCCCCAGGACCAGACUCUGGCCUCCAUGGCCUCUGGCUUUUUAACAGUGAGUUUGGUUAGCCCAGGAGACACUCACUAACUCUUUAUCAUGAGGAGAACCUCUAGGGGGUGCAGGGCCCCCUUCAGGCAUGACGAGGACCUCUCGCCGCCGCCCCCCCCCCCCCACACACACACACACACCCCCACACCCCCACACACACACACACACACAAUCAUGAGGAGGACCUCCAGGGGGCACUGUGCUGCUGUCAAUUAAAAGAAGACUUUAAGGGGUGCCGUACCCCUAUCAGUCAUGAGGGGGCCCUCUAGGGGUCCCGUGGCCCCAUCAAUCAGGACCUCUGGGGGGCGCCAUCAGUCAUAUCAGGUUGAUGCUGACUCGGCUGUUUUCUAACAACUGAUUUCAGUGCCCCCCCCACCUGUCUUUAAGGAGGACAAACAGGAAGUGGACCGUCUCAGACCGUCCCCCUUUGGUUUUUAUUUUUUUAAGAGGAAGUCCUCUUUGUUCCCUUUAACCUGACACUCACACUCACACAUACACAUGUAAACUACCAAAAAGGACUCUUUCUCCAAAGAGACCAAUGGGCUCUAGGUCCUCCUGACCAAACCAGGACAGAGCUAAGACUGUAAGGGGGCGGGUCUGUCUGAGACACGGGGCCAAAAGAUUCUGCAAUAUUUUAACUCGCCUUAAUUCUUCAUCCUAUUCCACUGAGGUGUUUGUUUUUAUACAGCUUUAUUUGUUUAUUUGUUUUCUGUUCAUUUUUAUCAUUUAUUUGUUUGUUAAAGAACUUUACUGAAGCUUCCUGUGAUUGUUUUAUUUUUCUCUAUUUUACUACAUUACCCAGAAUCCUCAGCACUGGCUUGCUGAGUGUCUGGUCAGCCUGUAUUGACAGUGUUUUGCUUUGAUUCUACGGCUGUAUUCAAACCGCCUCUGUGCAUGCCAAUUGAGCCAAAAUACCCAGAUAUAAAAUCUUUGAUAUAUAUCGACUGUCUCCCACAGUGCAAUGCGCCUUGGUCAGAGAACAAAAUGGCAGCAUUCUGCUGUGACCAUGCACCUUUAUUUUGAUGUAUAACUCACUGAUCGGUGGAAAGUUAAACUGUCCUGUUUUUAUAUUUAAGAUUUUGAGUCCCUAAAGACGUUGUCAUUUACCACCAUUUAUUUAGAGGGCCAUGAAACAUACUACCAUGUUUGUAGUCCAGCCUUUAUACCUAAUCAGACAGGUAUCAGUAUUCUUUCCCUGUAUGGUACCAUUAUUAUACCACAGUAUAACUAAACUUAAAGAGAUAACAGGUAAAUGCAUACUCCAGUGUUGAAACCCUCCUCCUCCUCUUUAAACACACCUGUGAUGUCAGAGCAGAAAAAUGAGUUUCAUUCUGAAUUAAUGUGUUUAUUAUUAACAAAGCUACAGGUGAGAACAUGAAGCUACUGUGUUUACAGCUGUUUCUCUGUUUAACACCAUUGCACACUUCUUUGACUCAUCAUGGACUUAGAAAUAAAGUAAUCAGUUAAAACUCACCUUAGACCGUUUUUAAGGGGUAUAUGAAUCUCCACCACUGGUCUACGGACAGACUGAGUCUCACAUUUUGUAUUAAUGCUCCAGACAGGCUGGCAGAGACGCUCUGCAGAGUGUAUGUUACUGUCAUUACAGACAUCACACUCAGAGAACAGCUGUUUCCUGCUGCAGAUUAAUCAAGGACACUGAAAGAUGAUGUUCAGGUACUUACCUGGCUGUUCUUCAACAUGCUGGACUCAGACUGAGCUGUGGUCUGUCUCUGAUGCUCUAAGCCUGAUCUGGCCGUACCUCUGUGUGCUCUAUAACAGGCUUAAACUGAUUUACUGGUCGUAAACCAGUUUACCACUCACCUCUAGUUUGUACCACAGUGGCACUCUGCAGGCGGUUCGAAUACAGCCAUAGUCUUAUUUUCUGUCCACGGCCCAUAAUCCUUCACUCUGUGCGUGUUUUUCUCUGUGAAUGACAGAUGACUGCCUUGUUUUUAAAGAGCCUACAUUUCCCAGAAUGCUUUUUGUCUCCUGACUGAGGACCCUGGAUGAGUCCGGAUCAGUGCCUGUGUCAGCGUGCAUGUUAGCAUUUAACGUCAGCCGCUUCAGCUCAGCGUGGCUCUAAAUGAACUGUAACUCCGCCCCCUCCAUCCUCUCCUUCAGGUACAGAGAAAUCUCUAAAGGUGUGGUACAUGUCUGAACGGGUGUGUGUUUCCAUGACAACAUACUGUUUUUGUUCCUUUGGUUUUUUUUUACUUCCCGUUUUCUGGUCAAAGAUGGCGUUUUGGUGUUCAUGAUGGCGAGGAUGAAUAAAACAAUGGUGAAGAUCUUA